CUUUCAUUUUCUCUCGCACGCGCUGUCUCGUGCCCUGCAUUUGUCUUCGCAGCUGUUACUCCCUUUCCCACUUCCCAAACAGAUUGGACUUCAGUUAGAGAGAGAGAGAGAGAGAGAGGGUGGGAGGGGAAGGAGACGUGAAUCUUUCAGCUUGCCGACAAUACCAAUGCAGACCAGAACGGUUCAGGUAGGCCACGUCUCGGAUCUAGCCAGCGAGAGAGAAAUUCACGAGUUCUUCUCAUUUUCUGGCGACAUCGAACGCGUCGAGAUCCUCCGUGACUCUGGGCAAUCAAGGACUGCAUACGUUACAUUUAAAGAUCCAAAAGCACUUGAGAUUGCAUUACUACUUUCGGGAGCAACCAUUGUGGACCAGAUAGUGACCAUAUCUCCUGUUGAAAACUAUGUACCAAACACUGAGAUGCAGGAAGUAACAAUCAGCAGCAAUGCCAUUAAUGUGGCUCCUGCUGAAAAUGUUUUGCUGAAUGUUGAGGAUAAAACUAGCUCUCCAGCCUCUCCUAUCAAUGGUAAAGUGUAUGUUAGUAAAGCUCACGAUGUUGUUACAAAUAUGCUGGCAAGAGGUUCGGCAAUUAGACAAGAUGCCAUGAGCAAGGCUAAAGCAUUUGAUGAGAAGCAUCAAUUGACUGCUAGUGCAUCUGCCAAGGUCAUUUCCUUUGACAGGAAGGUUGGUCUCACCGAGAAAUUAACAGUUGGGAUUACUGUGGUCAAUGAAAAAAUGAAGUCCGUGGAUCAAAGGCUUCAUGUCUCGGAUAAGACAAUGGCUGCAUUGAUUGCAGCGGAGAGAAAACUAAAUGACACAGGAUCAGCUGUUAGAACAAGCAGGUAUGUGACUGCAGGAACAGCUUGGCUGAAUGGUGCUUUUGGUAAGGUGGCCAAGGCUGGGCAGGUUGCAGGUUCCAAAACUAGAGAAAAGUUACAUUUGGCUGUGUCAAAUUUGACUGCAAAGGUAGAUCCUAUUAUUUAUAUUUGAUUUGUUUUUUUAUUAAUUGCUAUGGUAAUCAUUGAGGCACAAUUAUUUGAAAUCUGAGACCUAUUGGUACAUAAAUGCCGCAUUCCAUUAGAAAGGAUAUAGGAGCCAUAUUCUUUUAAAUUCAGCAGAUAAAUUAUUAUACAAGAUGACCUGUUGUAUCUUAUAAGAAUGUCCUGUGCAAAUUUUGGAAUGAAUUUCUUUCAUUUUUUUGGAUAUUGUUGUGUAAUCUUUGAUAUAAAUUAAGUCAUUUGUCUAUGGUUUGUGAACAUCAGUUUAGAAUUCAUUAGGAUAAUAGUGUGGAGUUAAACUUAUGAUCAAGGCACCAUUGUGUUGAAUGCAGGAUCCAAUUGCUGCAUGAGCCAGCAAUUUUGUGCUGUAGUGUCGCAUUGCGUGCUGAGGCCUCUUGCGAUACAUUGAACAAGAACGUAGUCAUCAAAAUGAAAUAUGGGAUCUGAAAUUGGAUUUUGCAAAAGCCCGUCUGGGAUAUGUAGAAUGUGUGCAACCUUCAUGUAAUGCUCAUUCCUUUGUUCCUAUAGUAUAGUAGUUCAUUCUUUAUACUCUCUGUUCUUUGAUGCCAGGCGUGUUUUGUUGCACCCUUGCCUAUGUUGUAAUGUUCAGCUUGUAUUUGUAACAUUGAUUCUAUAUUUAAAGAAAUUAAAGUUUGUAGUGCAAUGGAAUUGUUUCUGCAAA